AUGCCCGAGCCCCUGCGCAUGGGCAGAGAGGGCCCCUCAGCGGCCCGCAGGCAUCGCAGUAGACACCCCCGCUCCAAGAUGGCGGCGCCCAGCGGCGGGGAGGCGGCGGUCGGGCUGGGCGGCUUCGAGCCGUGGCUGGCGGGGCGGCUGGACGUGCUGGGGUUGGACCGGGCUGUCUACGCCACCUACAUCCAGGGGCUGCUCCGGGAGGAGGAGAGCGACGAGGAGCGGCUGGACGCGCUGCACGGGGUCCUGGCCGCCUGCCUGGAAGAAGAUCUGUUACCAGAUGUCUGCAGGGAAAUAGUCGUGAAGUGGUCUGAAACUCAGAAUGUUGGCGUAAGAGAAAAAAAAGAAGAUGAGAUCCAGGCAAUUGCCAGCAUGAUCGAAAAGCAGGCCCAGAUCGUCGUGAAGCCAAAGGAGGUUUCCCAGGAUGAGAAGCUGAGGAAAGCUGCCCUCCUGGCCCAGUAUGCCAAUGUAACAGACGAGGAGGAUGGAGCAGAUGAACAGGACGGAGCCACUGCAGCAGCACUAACGAUUGGAUCAGAAAAAUCGUUGUUCCGUAACACAAAUGUGGAGACUGUUGUAAACGCGAGGAAGCUGGAGAGAGAUUCUCUGCGGGACGAGUCCCAGAAGAAAAAAGAGCAAGACAAACACCAGCGAGAGAAGGACAAGCUGGCCAAGCAGGAGCGGAAGGAGAAGGAGAAGAAGAGGACACAGAAGGGCGAGCGGAAGCGAUAGCUGGGAUUUUUCCUGUUGGACUCCUUCAAAGGAUAGAAUAAAUUAUGCAUAGGGGGUGUUUUAAACAAAACAAACUCUGGGCAGAUGGCUGGCAAGUGGGUCUUGGAAGCAUUUUCCCUUUUGUUUACACAGCCAAAAAAAAAAAAAUGCAAACACUUAUAUGCAAAAUGUGCUUGUGGUGUCAAGUGUGCUGGUCAGUUGUUGUGGCCAAUGUCUGUACCAAAGAACUGUGAAGUGGCUGAAUUAGUUUUUAAAAUGUCAUAUUUUACUUUUGACCACUUAAAAAAAACCAGGGGGAAGCUGUUGGAGGAGCGUAAACUCUUGCCUCCUCGUAUUACCCCAGGAAAGUCAUGCUACUGGGGGUGAGCACAAGUAAAGCCCCAUUUCCAAGGCAUGGCCUGGGGCCUUUGAUGGAUGAGCUGCUAUCGGGUGGGUGUGUAUUUAUUGCCAAGUUUGACUUGCUUGGGCAAAUAGCCUUUUCUUGGACAGUGAAUACAAUCUGUGGUUUCCUCCUUGGCUGAGGUGAAGGUUUGUGCCUGAGCUGGGAGCAUGUUACAUGGAUGCUGCAAGACUGAGAAGUAAAGCCCCAGGGAAUGUAGGGCUAAGAAACAGGCUGGAAAAGGUGAUAACUGGAGCAGUUGCCUACAGGCUCAUACUGAUCCUGUUUCGCACAAGAGGGCCCCUGUACUGGGGAAGUGCCUUUGUACCCUCUAGGUUAUCCUAAGCAGCAGUAUAAAGAUUCUGAAUUUUAACAUCACCGUAAGCCUUGAUGCUGGUAGGCUGAAGAUCAAUUGUUUCUGGACUGUGGGGGAGGCUAGUGUGGGGUUUAAAAAAAAAAAAAAAAAAGUCUCAUGGGCUUUGUCUGUACUAGGACUUUUUUCUUAAAAUUUCCUACAGCUGCUCCGAGUGCUAACACCAAGGGGUGUUCCAGAAUCCACUGGGUACUGAUCUUCUGCCCCAGUGUUGCCUAACUCCGCUUGGGGCAGCUCUAGAAAGAAUGGUGGUUACAAUGCUGCUGGCCUGUCUAGCACUCCCACUGGUGGAGCUGGGGCACUAGACCAGCCAUGGGGCUGUUUCUGCUGACAAGUUAAUGGCUGGUGAUCAGUGGCUUUCAGCCUUUCCCCUGAAAAGCUUAUCAGGCUACUGCAAAGGGACACAACUUGGAUGUCCUCAGCUGUGUUUGGUGGUGGUCAGAGACUUGCAUUAUUUUUCAAAGUGGCAUGGGAGGACAACAAUGUGCAUCUGCCCUGGUCACCUGCAGUCUAAACUCCUUGUCGGGUCGGCAUGUGCUACCCUUGCAAACCUCUUUCCUUUGUGACACGAGGCAGCUACUGUUCCUCUCUGAAUGCUUUCUGCACAAAUCUGAAUAAAGGGCAGUGUGUUCUAUUCAGCUACCUGCUGGGAGUGUGACUAUCCACCUGCGUGACCUUUUCACUCAGACAAUAAAAUGGUGCUUGGCUGAGAUUAAGGAAUGUUUUACUUUUUCCUGGCUUCAUUCCCCUAGAACCAGAGCACUACAGCAAAUACGUGUUAACAUCUUCCACAUUACACCCACUCUCCCUCAAAUAAAAUACUGAUGUGUUU